UUAAAAAUCUUACUCAUAACUUUUAAACGAUAGUUUAAGCCAAGUGGUAUUUAUGAACAUCAGGAAGCAUAAUAUUGUAUUAUUUUACUAUUUAAUUCAAGUAGCAUAUGUAUUGAAAAUGGUUAUACAUUUAAUAAUAAUAAUACUAAUGUUUUUCAUUUUUCUUUACUUGUAUUCCUCCAUCUACAAAACUAUUAUCACACACACAAAAAAAGACUUUUAUUCUGUUUUGCGCAUGCGCGUGAAUAAGUGAGUCUCAAAGUAAUGGCUUUAGAAUCGGCGACCUCUAACGGUACAACAGAUGAAAACCAUCCAGAAGAAAUAGACGAGCGCAAAAAAGGAUGGUUGUUUAAGAAAACUCACUACACCAAGCGCUGGAAAAUGAUGUUUUUCCAUAUCAGAGACGGACAGCUUGUCUAUGGUUUAAAUGAAAAGUCAGCAGAAAAGGCCAUUAAUCUGGUUGGAGCAAAGGUGGAGAUGCUGGAGGGUGAUGAUGGGACAUUUGGCUGGACCCUCACACCAAAGCACAGUAAACGCACCUUCAUCCUGAGAGCCAGCACUGCAGAAGAGCAGCAGGCCUGGAUGAGCGCCAUAUGUGAGGCACAGCUCACUUCUGGAGAGCACAGCUCCAAUGCAUGUGUUGUGCAAUAACAAGACCAUUUCCUUUUUUUUUUUUUGUCACUGUAGAGAUUGUAUAGUUUUCUACACCGUAUUGUUUUACUUCCUUCUUGAAACGACCAAGAAAAAUGCUCUACUGAUGUAUAGGACACUGAUAUUAUUUAUUAUUUAUUUACAUGUUUAAUACAAGACAUUGAGAGAGAGGACAUUGUUUUCCUAUAUAGUUCUACCUAAAAAUGUUUUGAAAAUCGAAGCCAAAUUUUUAUGUGCUUUAUAUGUUACUGCAUAUGUUUUAAUAAAACACACUGCUAGAUUUCAGUGAGUGAUUACCCUGCAUGUACAGUGAACGUUAUGAGCCUAUCAUUAACAGAUUAAAACAACAAAAA